AAUUCCGUAGUUACCAUAGCAACCUAACUAUCCACGGAAAAAUAAUAAAGCAGAGGACGUUAUAACCAGCGAAUAAGAUGGCAAGUCCGCAAACAUCCGAACAGCUCCCGCCGCACAUUGACCCGACACAAGCGCCGGUCGCUUUCGGUAACUGGGCGCUUCCAAAGCUGAUCAUGGAGCUGCAAGAUGUCGAGCUGUUUACCCGGCAGAGGGCGCUCGCUGCCCUCUGCGACCUCGUCCAUGACCACGAGCGGGCAUAUGAAGCCAUUCUCAGUGGGUGUAUGGAAAGACUCAAGGUUCUGCUGCAAGAUGAGGAUAACUUAGUCAGGGUCAAAACUACUGAAGUGCUUUAUGUGCUUGCUUCACACAGCUUGGGAAGAGAUGCUUUUUUGAAAUUUGACAUUGUGGGUCCUCUUGCAAACCUGUUAGAGGACCCUGAGAAUGCCUGUCGUAAAAAUGUGCACCAGGCACUCAAUAGGAUCGCUGAAUUUCCCUCAGGAGCAGUAUUUAUGGUGUGUAUGGGGUUGGUGCCCAGAUUGGUGAUGAAGGUCUCAGAUGAAGAAGAGAACAUCCGUGCUUUAAUUCUCUCCACAUUAAGCUGCUGUGUUAGUGUGAACGCCUUGCCUGCACUGGAGAGUGAUGUGAUUCCAGUCCUGAGAGAUCAGCUGUCUCACCCCUCCCCCGACAUCCGCCAGGCUGCCACAUCUGCCUUAGUGGGAAUCAGUGUGCCUGCAGAUGGGAAGAUGAAGAUGUGUGAGGAGAAUCUUCUGCCCAUGUUGGUCAAGCUGCUGUCAGAUGAUGACCAAGGGGUUGUCGCUAAUGCUGCAGGGACCAUUAUGAACACAGCUGUUAUCACUAAGGGUAAGUACGAGGCGCUGAACGCAGGUGCCAUCACCCCUCUGCUGCGGCUGGUGGUGAGUGAGAAUGUAGCAGUGUGUGCCAAUGCCCUCCGUGCUCUUACAGUCCUGGCCGAGGUUCCUAGGGCCAGGGCACAGCUGCUGGAGCAUGUGCCUCUGCUGAAGACUAGACUGGCACACCCUAACUCGAUCAUCCAGAGAGCUGCAUCCACUUCCAUUGAAGUCAUCUCCUGGAAGCCAUGAGGGAUACAAGAGUUCUCCUGAUAUAAGCCAGACCUGAUGUGAUCUGUUAAAUAAAAUUAAACAAUUAACCACUUUAAACACAGUAAUUGUGUUGAAAUGUCGUGAAUAUUAAGUUAACAGAGCAGAAUAAUAAUAAAAAUUUAGAAUUUUGAA